UAGCUCUGUGUCGGGCAGAGAGCAAACCAUACUGUUGACAUCAGGAGGCCAGUGAUGUCAUGGUGAUGUCAAUGCCUCUAAUUGUAAAUUGCACACACAGCCUCGCUGUUGGCUGUGGUAACAUUUCAGUCAGAGAGAAGACUCAGAAGGGGACAGUCUCUUUUGGAAAAGCUGGGAAUUGAUACAGUAUGGCUGUUACUGGGGACGAGACAGACACAGACACAGGCAACUCAAGUGACUUGACGGCCUGCCAGCUGCGUAACACCAACUCCAGCCUCCCUCAGGAGAUGGCAGGGGCCAGCGCUCAUAGCUUCAUGAAAACCAAAGACACGGUACAAAAGAGGGAGCUCCGCUUGAUGAAGAACAGGGAAGCCGCCCGGGAGUGUCGACGAAAGAAGAAGGAAUAUGUCAAAUGCCUUGAAAAUCGCGUGGCCGUGCUCGAGAAUCAAAACAAGACUCUGAUUGAGGAGCUUAGAGCCUUAAAAGACAUCUACCGGCAUAAAAACGAGUGAUUCCUUUGUGUGGACUGCGAUGCUUCUGUGGGGUGUCUCGAGGACUCUGGCUUUGCUUGGACAGACACACGUGCACACACACUCACACACACUCACACAGAUCACUCCUUGUCCUUGCUGUAAAACUUGUUUACACGAUGAUGUCAAUGUUUCUGGCUCUGAAUUAUCCGAUGCGCCUCCACCAGCAAAAACAAGAACUUGUUUCAGGUUUAUUAUCAGUGAGUUUUACGAGGAGCUUAUGUCCCUUUGAACAGAAAAUUCAACAGGAGAAAGAAGGAAUAUAUGAAGAAACUGGAGAAUCACAACACCUUACUGGAGGCAGAGAAUAAGAUGCUGAAGGCUGAACUGCAGCGCUGAAAGGAACUGAACAUCCAAACACGGUGCCAAUGUCUGGCACCAAGGCCUCUGCAGUUACCACCUACUGGAUUUUACAUUCCUUUAUGGACAGUUGUUUUUUUAGUUUUUUUAAAUAUUUGGCUCUAUUAAAAUACUAUCAAUUGAUAGUUUUUGUGAUGGUCUGUUUUGAUAUGGAGGUUUGUUCAGGAAAUGCUCAAUGUUCAAAGGGAAUCAGGUCAUCAGAUCGUCAGGGCUUCUCGUGGAAAUGUUUGUGUUUUAUGUUAUUCCACUUCAGAAAAUCCUUAUGGAAUUAAUACCCACUGUAUUUAUCACCCAUCUUCCUUUGUAUUUAAUGUAAACACCUACCAGGAUCAGUUCUGCAUCUAUAUGCUGUGGCAUUAAUAUUUAUUUGGGCAGUUUUACCCUGUGUUUCUUUUUUUAUAUAUAAUUUUGGUGCAUAGUUUGUAAAAAAAAAGAAAAGAAAAAGUAUUUAUGGUAAUAUGAAUGAGUGUAUAUUUAGUUAACAAAUACACACAUUUGUUUGGAAUUGUUAACUUCGUGUUUUAACUCUACUCUUUUUUGCUUCAUCUCAGUAUACAUGGCAGAAUUUAGAAGUUAUUUAUGUAACCAUCAAUUUGAAUGUGGUUAAUUAAUUUGAUGCAGAAAUCCAACUUCUUUUUACAGUCUUCUUCGUUGGUGCUUUAUUUCUCCUCUUUAUCACCUUAGCUGUUGAUCACACCAGACAUGUUUAAUGUAUUUGCUUUAAUAAAGUUCUUGUUUAGUGUCUCUCUGUUUUUUUCCACACAGUAAAUAUGAAAAAUACAUAGGACACGUUUCAUAGUACUAUUAUGAGCUUUUAGUUAAGCUUUUAACGCCAUGUGAAUCUCAACCUUGGGUUUCUGCUCAGAACGUGCUGUGCUGUCCUUUCAAUGUUGACUCCGCUGACAGAGCAAAACAAUUUCUCCUCUUUUGCAUCUUUCGUAGAUGAUACACAUGCUGUGAAAAAGCCACACUGUUUUUGCACAGUAUAUGCUGGAAGAAGAGGAAGUAGGAUGGGUAUUUAAACACAUUUUUCCAUAAAUCACAUCCAGAGGAAUGUGGAUGUGCUAAAGGCAAGGAAAGACAGGCCCUGUUUUCAGUGACGGCAUUCUUCUCUGACUUAGUGGAUACAAUCAACUUCUCAAAUACUCCAGAAUUUGUUGCAGGAAAAGAAAAAAUGUAUAGCUUCUCCAAGCAAAUAUCGACAAACUGAUUAAUAGUUGUAAUGGGAAUGGAAUUUGGGUUUUCUUUAAGUGGAACAAUUCAAUUAAAGAUAUGCAAAAUGUC